ACAAAACUGAAAUUGUGAAUCACAAGUUACUCUGAUCGGCUUUACAAUUGCUUGUCUUUAGUUGUUUAGAAUAUUAUUUUGAGGGCGGGAUGUCAGGCGAAUCCUCGAGGGACCCUGUCCUUCUGUUUGCUCAUCCGUCCAUGAAGCAUUUGGCGCGUCAGAUUGUCAGCCGGUGUGCGGAUGUCAGCAAGUCAAAUUCUGAACUCAAACCUCAUGGAGAAGGGUUGCUGGCGGGAGGAUCAAAACAGAGGCCUGUGGAAUUCCAUGAGACAAUCAGCUGGAGUAAAUUUCCCGAUGGCUUUCCUAAUGUCUUCAUCAAUGAUGUGUGCAGCAUGGCUGGCAAGGAUGUAAUAUUCCUCAGCAGUUUCCACUCACCAGAUAUCAUCUUUGAACAGUUAUCCGUGCUCUAUAUGCUUCCCAGAUAUUUGGCCAGAUCAUUUCACAUCCUUCUGCCGUAUUUUGCUACGGGGACGAUGGAGAGGGUAGAAAUGGAAGGGCGUGCUACAGCAAAGACUUUAACAACGCUGUUGUCAGCGAUUCCAUUGACCUGCGAGGGCCCAGCUCAGAUAACAAUAUUUGAUAUCCACGCUCUUCAGGAGAGGUUUUACUUUGCUGACACCAUCAUUCCUAGAUUAAUGUCAGCCAUUCCACUACUCCAGAAGGAGUUACAGUCUCAUUCUGACAGACAGAAUAUGGCCUUCGCCUCGGACGAUGGAGCGAUGAAACGAUUCCACAACUUCUUUAUGACAGCUCCGACAAUUGUGUGCACGAAGAUCAGGAAUGGAGAUUCUCAUGUCAAAGUCAAAGAUGGUGAUCCAACAGGGAAACAUGUUGUUGUUGUUGAUGAUCUGGUCAUGACAGGAGGGACACUCAUUGAAUGUGUAAAAGCUUUGAUGGAGAAGGGAGCUGCAUGCGUGAGUUGCUAUGUCACUCAUGGAGUCUUCCCUAACAACUCCUGGCAGCGGUUCAUCGAUUCGGGGCUGCCCAUAAAAUCGUUCUGGAUCACAGACUCUCUGCCGCACGCUCUGGAGAUCAGUCAACAUCCGCCAUUUCAGCUCAUUUCACUGUGUGAUGCCAUUGCAGAUGAGCUCAUAGGCUAUGAUCUACUGAGGUGAAUAGACAGGUUACCAACUUAAGUUGUCUCCCUUGAUAGGUCAUGUUUGGUUUAUUUAUUUAUUUUUUGCAUUGUUGUUUUACAACAUAUUUCACUUAUCCGACGGCAGCCGGCAUUAUGGUGGGAGGACCAUCCGCAGGUUGCUGGCAGACCUUCCCCGUUUGGCUGGUCAAGCUCUGGGAUGUGAUCCAAAAAUAGUGGGUAUACUGCAUAGGUGGAAUUUGCUUCACAAAAAGUAUGAUUUUAUCAGUCAGUACCGAAUCCCUUCAGAAUACAUGUGUGCUUAAAUAAAGUCCUUGCAAAUGUGCAAACAGGUUGAGGAAUUACAGGAGUUUUAUUGGUAGUUAUUUGUAGCAAUAUCAUGAAUAUAGGGCCCUUUUGCCUAUACUGUCUGUGAGUCUUGCAAGAUCCUUCUGCAUAUCAAAUGCAAAAAUGAAAAUUCUCCAAAAAGAUAGGAAACUGUGAAAUGGUAAAUGGUUCGGGGAAAGAUUGCUAUAAACAUAUGUUGCUAAAAGGUUACUGAAUAAUAUAUUGAUUGUCGAUCGGUUAUUGAUCAUAUAAAGGUUUUCUACCAUUUCUACUUAGUCCUGACUAUUGAAAU